CCGGGCGUCAGAGGGACUGGCUUGUGGAUGUGGUUUGUGUCUGGGUUUGAACCUCAGAGCUGUUUGGAUUUGUUCGUCUUCACCUUUCAGGAAAAUCCAGGAUGGGCCGCCAGGUUUGGGAAAGUUGAAACACGAGGCUGCACCUCCUUAUAUUUCUGCUUAUGCCCUGGUCACCUUCGAGAUACGUGGGAAUAAAGGGAGGACGCGCGCCUGGUGGCCGGCCUUCCGGCUGGGGCGCUCUGGCACUGGCGCUGCUGUUGAGGCAUCUUCGGGGCUCAGCCUUGUUUAAUUAAAGUGGGAACUGAUGCACUGAAGGAAGCAAAGGCUUUCCCCCUACCCACUCACCUAAGGUCUCUGGAGACCUUGCAGGUCAAUCUACUUUGUAGAUACUAGAACGUUCAGCGGAGCAGGGUCUGGAUGCAUUUGCGUGGGAACUAGAAUUUUAAGGGUUCCCAGGUAUUCCGAAAACCGAGUUUUGAGCACCACCACACCUGCAGCGUGGGAUUCGUGAUUGUCUCUCCGGAUCCCGGGACUUCAACAUGUAUCUUGGUUUUUGGUUAAGUCGUCUAUGCAGGGGUUUAUCCAGACCCAUCGGGAAGACCAUGCGGCCAAUCUGGGGUUCUCUUUCCAGAAAUCUGGCGUUGAGUUCACAAAGAAUUCCAGGUGAAGGCAGCUACGAGCUUCCGCCUGUUUUUGACAGCUUGUUUCCCUGAUUCUAACUGCAUUUUAAUACCAGAAUUCAGUAGCUUUGUUGCUCGGACCAACACAUGUGGAGAGUUGCGUUCGUCCCACUUAGGCCAAGAAGUCACUCUGUGUGGAUGGAUUCAGUACCGCAGGCAGAACACCUUCUUAGUCCUAAGAGAUUGCCACGGCCUUGUUCAGAUUCUCAUUCCCCAGGAUGAGUCAGCCGCAUCUGUGAGGAGGAUUUUGUGUGAAGCCCCUGUGGAGUCUGUGGUGAGAGUAUCUGGGACAGUAAUCUCCCGUCCUCCAGGACAAGAGAAUCCGAAAAUGCCGACGGGUGAGAUUGAAAUCAAAGUUAAAACAGCUGAGCUCCUGAAUGCCUGCAAAAAGCUGCCCUUUGAGAUUAAAGACUUUGUGAAGAAAACAGAGGCGCUCCGUUUGCAGUAUCGCUACUUAGAUCUGCGCAGCUUCCAGAUGCAGUACAACUUGCGGCUGAGGUCGCAGAUGGUCAUGAAAAUGCGGGAAUAUCUCUGUAAUCUGCACGGGUUUGUGGAUAUAGAAACCCCAACCUUGUUUAAGAGGACCCCUGGAGGUGCCAAGGAGUUUUUAGUACCAUCCAGGGAACCUGGAAAGUUUUAUUCCCUCCCUCAAAGUCCUCAGCAAUUUAAGCAGCUUCUGAUGGUUGGAGGUUUAGACAGGUAUUUUCAGGUCGCUCGGUGUUACCGAGAUGAAGGCUCAAGACCGGAUAGACAGCCAGAGUUCACUCAGAUUGACAUAGAGAUGUCCUUUGUAGAGCAGACUGGCAUUCAGCGUUUAGUUGAGGGUUUGCUGCAGUAUUCCUGGCCUGGUGAUAAAGACCCUCUAGUGACUCCUUUCCCUUCCAUGACUUUUGCUGAGGCACUGGCCACCUAUGGAACUGAUAAGCCAGAUACUCGCUUUGGGAUGAAGAUUGUGGAUGUCAGUGAUGUGUUCAGAAACACAGAGCUCAGAUUCCUUCAGGAUGCACUGGCUAAGCCCCAAGGAACUGUCAAAGCAAUAUGUGUUCAUGACGGAGCGAAAUACUUAAGGAAGGAAGACAUUGAGUUCAUUAGGAAGUUUGCAGUUCACCAUUUCAGUCAGGAAGUCCUACCUAUAUUCCUGAAUGCCAAGAAGAACUGGAGUUCGCCAUUUGCUAAGUUCAUAAUGGAGGAGGAAAGACUGGAAUUAGCCAGAUCGAUGGAGAUACAAGAAGAAGACAUAGUGUUACUGACUGCUGGGGAACAUGAGAAAGCAUGCUCUCUGUUGGGAAAGUUACGGCUAGAGUGUGCAGACCUUUUGGAGAUGAGAGGAGCGGUGCUCCGAGACCCAGCAGUGUUCUCUUUUCUUUGGGUGGUUGACUUUCCACUCUUCCUUGCCAAGGAAGAGAGUCCCACAGAGCUGGAGUCAGCCCAUCACCCAUUUACUGCUCCUAACUCCAGUGACAUUCACCUCCUCUAUACUGAGCCGGAAAAGGUUCGUGGCCAACACUAUGACUUGGUUUUAAACGGCAAUGAGAUAGGAGGUGGUUCUGUCCGAAUCCAUGAUGCACAGCUACAGAGGUACAUCCUGGAAACACUGCUAAAGGAAGAUGUGAAAUUGCUUUCCCAUCUGCUUCAGGCUUUAGACUAUGGGGCACCCCCACACGGAGGAAUUGCCUUAGGGUUAGACAGACUGGUAUGUCUUGUCACGGGAGCACCCAGCAUCAGAGAUGUCAUAGCCUUCCCUAAAUCCUACCGAGGACAGGACCUUAUGAGCAAUGCUCCAGACUCCGUGUCUCCAGAAGAGCUGAAGCCUUACCAUAUCCACGUCUUGUGGCCAGCAGACUCAGAAGAGGAGAGUGCAUCCGCCACACCUUCCAAACACUUGAGCUCUUAACUUUUGUCUUCUCUGCUUCACCAAACUUAAAUUAAGAUCCAGACCUGCCACAGACUUUAGAACCAAAUGUCUGUGUAGAAGCAAUCAUUACCGAGUAAGAAAGAGAAGCUACACAAUUGUGACUUGGUCAUGUGUACCAUUAGGACUGUCUGUGGAAGUUUUUUAAUUGGAAAAUUGUCAAAUGAAACAAACAAACAAAAAAAUCUCUUUAUUGAGUAUUUAGAGUCUUCCUGUUUUCCAAGCAUGUUUCUAUACCCAGAUAAGUUAUUUAGAAUAAGGAUAAUACAACAUGGUUGCCUCUGUACACUGGCCAGUUAAUGCAGCAAGGUUUCAGUUCAUCUAGCCUCAUUAGAACCAUAAAUUAAACUUUGUGGUAAUCUUUCAGCCAUCAAUAUAAUGUUCUAAGUAGUAUAGUAGGAUCAAAAAAAAAAAUUACAAGUAACAGAAUUCUAUUGUGUUGUACCUUAAGCAAGCUACAAAUGUCUCUUAGCUGCCCCAGCUGCUUAUAUAAUGUGAAUGACACUUGUCCUGGCUGUCUCACAGAUCUCUUGUUGCCAGAAUCAUGAGGUUACAUUUGUGGCAGAUAUGUGAUUUGAAAUACUGUAAAACAGGACUGAAAUGCAGCUGUCCUAACCACUGUUCUAUUGCUGUGAGGAGACACCACAACCAAAGCAACUCUUUAUAAAGCAUUUAGUUGGUGCUGGUUUAUAGUUUUAGCUGUAAGCAUGGUGGCAAACACAGACAUGAUAUAGAAGUAGCUGAGAGUUCUACAUCCUGACCUGCUGUUGCUGGAAGACUGGGCCUGGCACAGAAUUAUUUGCUUUCUUAUGGCUUUUCAAGACAGUUUUCCUGGCAUGGGCUCUUUUUUAUGGUUUUUUUUUGUUUGCCUGUUUUCGAGACAGGGUUUUUCUGUGUAGCCCUGACUGUCCUGGAACUCACUCUGUAGACCAGACUGGCCUUGAACUCAAAUCCGCCUGCCUCUGCCUCCUAAGUGCUGGGAUUAGCAUGUGCCACCACUGCCUGUGGUUCUUGUUUAUGGUUUUUCAAGACAGGAUUACUCUCUGUAGCCCUGAAACUUGCUUACUUAAAGGCUUUCAAAAAUCA